AUGGGCCUAGUCGCGAACGUCCUCGAGAGCGUUUGCGAACGUUGCUCGACCCUGUCGAACGGGGCGCUCGCUGGAAUUGGUCUACUCUCCUUAAUUGUUAUCGCUGUGGUUGGGAAUGUUCUGCGACAGAUCCUCUUCAAGAACCCCAAUGAGCCCCCUGUUGUGUUCCACUGGUUCCCCUUUGUCGGUAGCACCAUUAGCUACGGAAUUGAUCCUUACAAGUUCUUCUUCAACUGUCGCGCUAAGUACGGGGACAUCUUUACCUUUAUCCUUCUCGGAAAAAAGACCACUGUAUACCUUGGUACCAAAGGCAACGACUUUAUUCUGAAUGGGAAACUCAAGGACGUUUGUGCUGAAGAGGUUUAUUCUCCUCUCACGACCCCUGUCUUUGGGCGCCAUGUCGUUUAUGACUGUCCUAACGCGAAGCUCAUGGAGCAAAAGAAGUUCGUGAAAUACGGUCUUACCAGCGAUGCGCUACGCUCCUAUGUCCGCUUGAUUACGGCCGAGGUGGAAGAUUUCGCUCGCAAGUCUCCGGUCUUCAAGGACUCACAAGGUGUAUUCGAUGUUUCGAAAACCGUUGCCGAAAUCACCAUUUACACGGCCUCGCGCUCGCUACAAGGGAAGGAAGUUCGCGAGAGGUUCGACUCUACAUUUGCCGAGCUGUACCAUGAUCUCGAUAUGGGUUUCGCUCCGAUCAACUUUAUGCUACCUCACGCUCCUCUUCCUCACAACCGCAAACGGGACGCCGCUCAAAGAAAAAUGGCCGAAACCUACUUGGAAAUCAUUCAAGAACGUCGCAAGGCUGGUGGAGAAAAGGCUUCUGGGGAUGAAGAUAUGGUUUGGAACCUCAUGUCAUGCGUGUACAAGAAUGGCGUCCCACUUCCCGACCUAGAGAUCGCCCACAUGAUGAUUGCGCUUUUGAUGGCUGGCCAGCACUCAUCCUCCUCGACGCUCUCGUGGAUCCUCCUUCGUCUCGCGCGCAACCCCGAAAUCAUCAAGGAGCUAUACCAGGAGCAACUUGAUGUUCUCGGCCCUGAUAUGCAUCUAACGUAUGAGACUUUGCAAAAGCUCGACCUUCACAACAAGGUCAUCAAGGAGACACUGCGAAUUCAUGCGCCUAUUCAUUCGAUCAUUCGUGCCGUCAAGAAUCCGAUGCCCGUUCCUGGUACCUCAUAUGUCAUUCCCGCUUCCCACAAUGUUCUAUCAUCUCCUGGUGUUACCGCUCGGUCCGAGGAAUUCUUCCCGGACCCGUUAAAGUGGGAUCCCCACCGUUGGGAUGGAGAUGCGGUGCCCAAUACUGAGUCUGCUGAGGAUGAGGAAAAGAUUGAUUAUGGAUACGGUCUCGUCAGCAAGGGCACCAACAGCCCUUAUCUGCCGUUUGGUGCUGGACGGCAUAGGUGUAUCGGCGAGCAAUUUGCGUAUGUCCAGCUCGCGACAAUCACGGCUGGCCUCGUGAGAUUGUUCAAGUUCAACACCGUCACUGACUCUGAAGCAUCAUCUGUCCCAGACACAGAUUACUCGUCCUUGUUCUCCAGGCCUCUCGGUAAAUCAUUCGUGAAAUAUGAAAAGCGGGAUUCGGAAACCGAGUGA